CCUUUUUCCUCCCCGUUUCUCCACCACCCCCCCUUAGCAGAAGCACCCGGCUUCCGCCCCCUCACCCCGCGGCGAGCAACCGGGACGGCGCCGGGCCGAGGAUGGACUGGCUGUGAUUCCCGGUGGAUUGUGAGGACAAGGCCCCCCCCAAGAUGAAAGUGGAUCGGACAAAACUGAAGAAAACCCCCACGGAGGCGCCCGCCGACUGCCGGGCCCUCAUUGAGAAGCUGAAGGCGUGCGGCGAUGAGCAGCUCUUGGCCGAGCUGCAGCAGAUCAAGACAUGGAACAUUGGGAAGUGCGAGCUGUACCACUGGGUGGAUCUCCUGGAUCGUUUCGAUGGAAUCUUGGCGGAAGCGGGUCGACCGGUGGAAAACAUGUCCUGGAUGUUGGCCUGCGACCGCCCAGAACGAGAGCAGCUGAAAGCUCUUCUCCUGGCUCUCCUCAAUUUCACCGCUCUCCUCAUCGAGUACAGCUUCUCCCGUCACCUUUACAGCUCCAUCGAGCACCUGACGACGCUCCUGGCUUCCUCGGACAUGCAAGUGGUGUUGGCGGUGCUCAAUCUCCUCUACGUCUUCAGCAAACGUUCCAAUUAUAUCACCCGGUUGGGGUCCGACAAACGAAGCCCCCUCCUCUCCCGCCUUCAGCACCUGGCUGAGAGUUGGGGCGGAAAAGAGAAUGGAUUUGGGUUGGCUGAGUGCUGUCGGGACCUCCACAUGCUGAAGUACCCCCCCAGCGCCACCACUCUCCACUUCGAGUUCUACGCCGAGCCGGGCGUCGAGGUGAAGGUGGACAAGCGGGCCACCAGCACCACCCUACACUACAUUCACAUCGAGCAGCUGGACAAGAUUUCGGAGAGCCCCUCGGAGAUCAUGGAGUCCCUCACCAAGAUGUACAGCAUCCCCAAAGACAAGCAGAUGCUCCUUUUCACUCACAUCCGCCUGGCUCACGGCUUCUCCAACCACAAGAAACGACUACAAGCGGUGCAAGCCCGGCUCCACGCCAUCUCCAUUUUGGUGUAUUCCAACGCCUUGCAGGAGUCGGCCAACAGUAUUUUGUACAACGGCCUCAUUGAAGAAUUGGUGGACGUUCUCCAGAUCACCGACAAGCAAUUAAUGGACAUCAAGGCAGCUUCUUUGCGGACCCUCACCUCCAUCGUGCAUCUGGAGCGAACCCCAAAACUCAGCAGCAUCAUCGAUUGUACUGGCACUGCUUCUUAUCACGGUUUUCUUCCCGUUUUAGUCCGGAAUUGUAUCCAAGCCAUGAUCGACCCCUCCAUGGAGCCCUAUCCCCACCAGUUCGCCACCGCUCUCUUCUCCUUCCUCUACCACUUGGCCAGCUACGAUGCCGGCGGCGAAGCUUUGGUGUCCUGCGGCAUGAUGGAGGCAUUGUUAAAGGUCAUCAAGUUCCUGGGGGAUGAGCAGGAUCAAAUCACCUUUGUCACCCGAGCCGUGCGGGUGGUGGAUCUCAUCACCAACCUUGACAUGGCCGCCUUCCAGUCACACAGCGGCCUCUCCAUCUUCAUCUACCGCCUCGAGCACGAGGUGGAUCUGUGCCGUCGCGAGUGUCCCUUCGUCAUCAAGCCCAAGGUGCAGCGUCCCCCCGCUGCCGCCCUCCCCGAGGGCGAGGAGAUGGAGACAGACAUGGAGGUGACGGACGUGGCCAUGGAGAGCAGCCCUGGUCCUUCGAGCGAAACCCGACAGGAUCCAGCGCCGCCGGCAAACGCUGCCGCCGCCGUGCCCAGCACCAGCACCGCCACUGCCUCUUCCCCGCGCGGUGGAGUCCAAUGCAUCCCCCAACGCGCCGCCUUGCUCAAAUCCAUGCUGAAUUUCCUCAAAAAAGCCAUCCAAGAUCCCGCUUUCUCCGACGGCAUCCGCCAUGUGAUGGACGGCUCGCUGCCCACCUCCCUGAAGCACAUCAUCAGCAACGCCGAAUAUUACGGCCCUUCGCUCUUCCUCCUGGCGACCGAGGUGGUGACGGUCUUCGUGUUCCAGGAGCCUUCGCUGCUCUCCUCCCUGCAGGACAACGGCCUCACCGACGUCAUGCUCCACGCUCUCCUUAUCAAAGACGUACCGGCUACUCGAGAGGUUUUAGGUUCGUUACCCAACGUUUUCAGCGCUCUUUGUCUCAAUGCCCGGGGUCUGCAAUCCUUCGUUCAGUGCCAACCCUUCGAGCGCCUCUUCAAGGUGCUGCUCUCCCCCGAUUACCUGCCUGCCAUGCGACGACGACGCAGUUCCGACCCCCUCGGAGACACAGCCUCCAACCUGGGCAGCGCCGUGGACGAGCUGAUGCGGCACCAACCCACCCUAAAGACCGACGCCACCACUGCCAUCAUCAAGCUUUUAGAGGAGAUUUGCAGCUUGGGCCGGGAUCCCAAAUACAUUUGCCAGAAACCCUCGAUGCAAAAAGCAGACGGGACAGCGGCGGCCCCCCCUCCUCGCUCCCCCCACGCCGCUGAAGAAGCUUCGAGCGAGGAUGAGGAGGAGGAAGAAGUUCAGGCCAUGCAGAGUUUCAGCGCUACCCAACAGAGCGAGACCGAACCCAGUCAGCAGGUGGUGGGCACGGAGGAGCGCAUCCCCAUCCCCCUGAUGGAUUAUAUUCUCAAUGUGAUGAAAUUCGUGGAGUCAAUCCUCAGCAACAACACAACGGACGAUCACUGCCAGGAAUUCGUGGCUCAACGGGGGUUGCGUCCCCUUGUCACGAUUUUGGGGCUCCCCAAUCUUCCUGUUGACUUCCCCACCUCCGCCGCUUGUCAGGCCGUAGCCGGAGUCUGCAAAUCUAUCCUGACGCUGUCUCACGAGCCGAAGGUGCUGCAGGAGGGUUUGCUGCAGCUGGAAGCGGUGCUUUCGGCGCUGGAACCCCUCCACCGUCCCAUCGAGGCGCCGGGGGGGUCGGUGCUCUUGCGGGAGCUGGCGGGGGCUGGCAGCGUCCCCGAUGCCACCCUCUCGGCGCAAGCCACCCCCCUCCUUCACGCCCUCACCGCCGCUCACGCUUACAUCAUGAUGUUCGUCCACACGUGUCGCGUGGGGCAGAGUGAAAUCCGGGCAAUUUCGGUGAACCAGUGGGGAUCCCAGUUGGGAUUGAGCGUUUUGGGGAAACUGAGUCAGCUCUACUGCUCCUUGGUGUGGGAGAGCACCGUGCUGCUGUCGCUUUGUACCCCUAAUAGCCUCCCCCCGGGGUGUGAGUUCGGGCAGGCCGACAUGCAGAAGCUGGUGCCCAAGGAGGAGAAGGCAGCGCCCAGCCCCCCCCAGGGCGGCAAGAGGGCAGAAGGUGAAGCGGAGGGUCCAGGCCCCGGGGUGGGGGCGGUGGGCAGCGAACCCCCCCCCCCACCCCCAGCCCAGGGGUUACUGGAGGGGAUGGGGUUGGAGAGCGAAGCCCUGGCCCCCAUGGAGACGGACGAACCCAGCGCCGCCGACCCCAAGGCCAAGGCCAAGAUCACCCCUGCCAUGGCCGCCCGCAUCAAACAGAUCAAACCCCUGCUUUCCGCCUCGUCGCGGCUGGGCCGGGCGCUGGCGGAGCUCUUCGGGCUCCUGGUGAAGCUGUGCGUGGGCUCGCCCGUUCGGCAACGCCGGAGCCACCACGCCGCCGCCGCCGCGCCCGCCCCCACCCCGGCCGCCCGCGCCACCGCCUCCGCCCUCACCAAACUGCUGACCAAGGGCUUGAGCUGGCAGCCCCCCCCCUACACCCCCACCCCCCGCUUCCGGCUAACCUUCUUCAUUUGCUCGGUGGGCUUUACCUCGCCCAUGCUCUUCGAUGAACGCAAGUUUCCCUACCACCUCAUGCUGCAGAAAUUCCUCUGCUCCGGCGGCCACAACGCCCUCUUCGAAACCUUCAACUGGGCGCUAUCAAUGGGGGGUAAAGUGCCGGUAGCGGAAGGAUUGGAGCACCCUGAUUUACCUGACGGUACCGGGGAGUUUUUGGACGCUUGGUUGAUGUUGGUGGAGAAAAUGGUGAACCCCAGUACGGUACUGGAAUCGCCCCAUGCUUUGCCGGCGAAAGCUCCUGCUCACGGUCAACCCCAUUUCAGCGCCUUGCGGUUUCUCGUUGUCACCCAGAAGGCAGCAUUCACGUGCAUCAAGCAGCUGUGGAACCGGCGGCCGCUGAAGGUGUAUGGAGGUCGGAUGGCGGAAUCCAUGUUGGCCAUCCUCUGUCACAUCCUACGGGGAGAACCCCUCAUCCGGGAACGCCUGGGUCGGGAACGGGAGGGCUCCCGGGGCGAGGAGGAAACGGGGGGCGAGGAAGGGGGACCCCGAAGAGAACCGCAGGUUAACCAGCAGCAGCUGCAGCAGCUGAUGGAUAUGGGUUUCUCCCGGGAGCAUGCCAUGGAGGCUCUGCUCAACACCAACACCAUGGAGCAAGCAACCGAAUACCUCCUCACCCACCCUCCUCCCCUCAUGGGGGGCGUGGUACGGGACCUGAGCAUGUCAGAGGAAGACCAGAUGAUGCGGGCCAUUGCUAUGUCCUUGGGUCAGGACAUCCCCAUGGACCAGCGGGCAGAGUCCCCCGAGGAGGCAGCCUGCCGCAAAGAAGAAGAAGAACGCCGUGCCCGCGAACGCCAAGAAGAAGAAGAAGCUAAAUGCCUGGAGAAAUUCGAAGGGGCCGAACCCUUGGAAGCGGCCGAGCUUUUGGCCUUCACUGACUCCAUGCUUCCCGGUUGUUCCCAACUCCUGGAUGAACUCCCCGACACGGUCUACCGUGUGUGCGACCUCAUCAUGACGGCCGUCAAACGCAACGGGGCUGCUUACCGCGACUCUGUCCUUAAACAAGUGGUCAAACAGGUUUGGGAAGCGGCCGACGUCCUCAUCAAGGCGGCAUUGCCCCUCACCACCAGCGAUACCAAAACGGUGUCAGAAUGGAUCAGUCAAAUGGCGACUUUACCUCAAGCUUCUAACUUGGCCACUCGGAUCCUUCUCCUCACCCUCCUCUUUGAGGAGCUGAAGCUGCCCUGCGCUCGGGUGGUAGAAUCAAGCUGCGUGUUGGAUGUCCUCAUCAAGCUGCUGGAGGUGGUGCAGCCCUGCCUGCAAGCCGCCAAGGAGCACAAGGAGGUGCAGACCCCCAAGUGGAUCACCCCAGUCCUGCUUCUCAUUGAUUUCUACGAGAAGACAGCUGUCUCUUCCAAGCGUAGGGCUCAGAUGAACAAGUACCUCCAGGCAACUGGGAACAACUGGCGCUGGUUCGACGACCGCUCGGGUCGCUGGUGCAGCUACAGCGCCAGCAACAACAGCACCAUCGACGCCGCGUGGCGUGCCGGCGAGACCAGCGUCCGCUUCACCGCCGGCCGCCGCCGCUACACUGUCCAGUUCACCACCAUGGUGCAGGUGAACGAGGAGACGGGAAACAGGCGACCAGUGAUGUUGACGCUGCUGCGAGCCCCCCGAUCCGGCAAGGGAGGGAAGGACGGUGCCGAAGGCGAGCGAGCGAGCGAGGAAGGACGGGAUCCGGAGGGAAGGGGCAAGGAGGAGCCCCCUGCCCCAGAGCCAACGUCGGAGGAGGAAGCCUCGGCAGCCCCAUCCUCAUCCUCCCCUUCCCCUUCCUCCACCUCCCCCUCCCCGGAGGAUCCCUCGGGAUGGUCGGAAGCUCCAGUGCGAGGUCUGGCAGAAGAAGCGGUACCAGCGGUUCUCCGAGCGUGCGUCAGUAUGUUGGGGGUACCGGUAGACCCCGAUACUCUCCAUGCCACUCUCCGUCUCUGCCUUCGUCUCACCCGACACCACAAGCACGCCCUCCUCUUUGCCGAGCUCCGCAGCACCCGCACUAUCCUGGGGCUCACCCAGAGCUCCGGCUUCACCGGCUUCACCCCUCUCGUCACUCUCCUUUUCCGGCACAUCAUCGAGGAUCCGUGCACCCUACGGCACACCAUGGAGAAGGUGGUGCGGUCGGCGGCCACCAGCGGAGCGGGCAGCACCACCUCGGGGGUGGUUUCAGGGAGCCUGGGCUCCCGAGAAGUCAACUACAUCCUUCGGGUGUUGGGUCCCGCUGCCUGCCGCAGCCCCAACGUCUUCACUGAGGUGGCCACCGGUUGUAUCCGUAUCGCCCUGCCGGCUCCCCGUGGAUCCGGCACCGCCUCAGACGAUGAAUUUGAGAACCUGCGGAUCAAGGGUCCCAACGCAGUGCAGCUGGUGAAGACGACGCCGGUGAAGCCAGCGGCGCUGCCAGCGAUCCCCGACCCCAUCAAGGACGUCAUUUACGACAUGCUGAACGCCCUGGCCGCCUAUCACGCGCCCGAAGAGGGUGAUAAGGGGGACCCCAAAAGCGCGGCCCCCAGUGAGGUCAGCCAGCUGCUCUCCGACAUCGGGGAUGACAUGUACCAGCAGUACCGCAGCCUGACGCGCCAGCCCGGUGACUUCGACCCCCCCGCCGGCUUCGCCAUCAAUGCCCAGGUCUUUGCUGCUGAUGGAGCCGCUGCAGAGACGCCACCGUCGGGAACGCCCCAGGGAGAAGCAGCUAGCCCCGAGGAGGGCCGGGAGGGGCGGAAGGAGAAGGACGGGGAGCGCGGGGAAGAGCGGCAGCGAGCCAAGGGUUCCAAACCCCUCAUGCCCACCUCCACCAUCCUGCGGCUACUGGCUGAACUGGUGCGCUCCUACGUGGGCAUCGCCACUCUCAUCGCCAACUACAGCUACACCGUGGGACAGUCCGAGCUCAUCAAAGAGGACUGUAGCGUGCUGGCCUUUGUCCUGGACCACCUCCUGCCCCACACGCAGAACGCCGAGGACAAGGACACGCCGGCGCUGGCCCGGCUCUUCCUGGCCAGUCUGGCAGCGGCAGGCAGCGGCACCGACGCCCAGGUGGCUUUGGUCAAUGAGGUGAAGGCAGCCCUGGGACGGGCGCUGGCCAUGGCCGAGAGCACCGAGAAGCACGCCAGGCUCCAAGCCGUUAUGUGCAUCAUCAGUACCAUCAUGGAGUCCUGCCCCUCCACCUCCAGCUUCUACAGCAGCGCCACCAAGACCCAACACAACGGCAUGAACAACAUCAUCCGCCUCUUUCUCAAGAAGGGCUUGGUCAACGACUUGGCGAGGGUCCCUCACAGCCUCGAUCUCUCCAGCCCCAACAUGGCGAACACGGUGAACGCGGCGCUGAAGCCGCUGGAGACGCUGUCCCGCAUCGUCAACCAGCCCAGCGGCCUCUUCGGCACCAAGGGCUCCUCCAGCAAGAGCAAAGGCGAGGGGGCUGGGGGGGCAAGGGAAGCCGGAGCUGCACCCCCCGACGGAGGGGACCCUGGGGACCCUGAGCCCCCCGAGGAGGACGCAGAGGCGGCACAGGCGGAGGCAGCCGAUGGUGACAUGGAUGGGGAAGCAGAAGGUGACACAGUGGUGCUGGCUGGGCAGCCUGAGGGGCUCAGCACCCAGGAGAUGCAGGUGGAAAACGAGCUGGAGGAUCUCAUUGACGAGCUACUGGAGAGGGACGGGGCUGCCGGCAACAGCACCAUCAUCGUGAGCCGCUCGGGCGAGGAUGAGUCGCAGGAGGACGUGCUGAUGGAUGAAGCUCCCUCCAACCUCAGCCAAGCUUCCACACUGCAGGCUAACCGGGAAGAUUCCAUGAACAUCCUGGAUCCCGAAGACGAGGAAGAGCACACGCAGGAGGAAGACAGCAGCGGCAGCAAUGAGGAUGAGGAUGACAGCCAGGAUGAGGAGGAGGAGGAAGAAGAGGAAGAUGAAGAUGAUCAGGAUGAUGAGGAAGGGGAAGAAGGAGAGGAAGAGGAGGAUGACGAUGACGGCUCUGAGAUGGAGCUGGAUGAAGAUUAUCCCGACAUGAACGCCUCCCCCCUUGUCCGCUUCGAGCGCUUCGACCGCGACGAUGACCUCAUCAUCGAGUUCGACAACAUGUUCUCCAGCCCCACCGAUAUCCCCCCAUCCCCUGGGAACAUCCCGGCCAGUCACCCCCUCCUGGUCCGUCACGCCGACCACGGUUCCCUGGGAUUGGGAACCGGAGCCGCCACCACCCGCCUGGCUCAGGGUUUGGGGCGCAGCCAACGUACCCUCCGGCAACUCACCGCCAACGCCGGUCACACCAUCCACGUCCACUAUCCCGGUGCUCGCCAGCCCAACCCCCCCCUCAUCCUUCAGAGGCUGCUGGGUCCCUCGGCGGCGGCCGACAUCUUACAGCUGAGCAGCAGCCUGCCCUUGCAGAGCCGGGGCCGGGCCCGGCUCCUGGUGGGGAACGAGGACGUUCACAUCAUCGCCCGCUCCGACGACGAGCUCCUUGACGACUUCUUCCAUGAGCAGGGCAGCGCCGGCAGCCAGGCAGGGACCCUCUCGAGCAUCCCCACCGCCCUGACACGCUGGACGGAGGAGUGCAAGGUGCUGGACGCCGAGAGCAUGCACGACUGCGUCUCGGUGGUGAAAGUUCCCAUACUGGCGCGACUGGAAGCCCUGCGUGACGAGGAGCUGGACGAACGGCGGGAGAAACGCCGGCGGCAGGCGGCCGAGGAAGAAGCCAAAGGCACCGAACGCGGUCCCGAAGACAAGGACGGGUCUGACGCCCAGUCACCUUCCCCUCUCCAACAGGAUGCGGCAUCCAAGGCCGCCACCGCCUCCACCGACGUCACCCCCCCAGAACACAGCGGGACGACGGGAGAGACCCCCCCUCCCGGUCCCCACCGGACUUUGGUGAUGCUGGAACCGACGCCGCCCCCCCAGAUCCCCCACCGGGAGCCCCCCAAAUUCCCGCUCGCCCCCCCCCAACCCCCUGAACAUGAAGAGGGGGGGCCUGGACGACCCCCCCAAGAUGCCGAAGCCACCCAAAUGGAACUGUCACCCGCUCCCACCAUCACGUCUCUGUCCCCGGAGCGAGCGGAAGACUCGGACGCGUUGACGGCAGUGAGCAGCCAACUGGAAGGUUCCCCCAUGGAUACCUCGAGUUUGGCUUCUUGUACCUUGGAAGAAUCGGGGGGGGGCUCCCCCUCCCCCAACAGCCCCCCAAAAUCCUCCCGGGACCCCCCAGGGACCCCCCCCCCCCCCGCCCCCCCCGAUGCCGCUCAGCCCCCCGACGAUAGCUCCCCCCCCGCCUCGUCCUCGGAAAGUUCGUCCACCCGGGAUUCGGCCGUUGCCAUUUCGGGAGCCGACUCGCGAGGGAUUUUGGAGGAACCCCUGCCCUCCACCAGCAGCGAGGAAGAGGAUCCCCUCGCCGGGAUCAGCCUCCCGGAGGGGGUGGACCCCUCGUUCCUGGCGGCGCUGCCGGACGACAUCCGGCGGGAAGUGCUGCAGAACCAGCUGGGGAUCCGCCCCCCCGCCCGGGCUCCGCCCACCCCCAGCCCCGCCCCCCCAGUGGUGGCCAAUCCCGGCUUGACCGAGGUCAGCCCCGAGUUCCUGGCCGCCUUGCCUCCGGCCAUUCAGGAGGAGGUGCUGGCGCAGCAGCGAGCGGAGCAGCAGCGUCGGGAGCUGGCGCAGGCGACGAGUUCGGAUGCCCCCAUGGAUCCGGUGACCUUUAUCCAAACGCUGCCCUCGGAACUGCGGCGUUCCGUGCUGGAGGACAUGGAGGACAGCGUCCUGGCCGUCAUGCCUCCCGACAUCGCCGCCGAGGCCCAGGCUCUCCGACGGGAACAGGAGGCCCGGCAACGGCAACUCAUGCACGAGAGGCUCUUCGGCCACUCCAGCACCUCCGCGCUCUCCGCCAUACUCCGCAGCCCUGCUUUCACCAGCCGGCUGAGCGGGAACCGUGGGGUGCAGUACACCCGCCUGGCCGUCCAGCGUGGCGGCACUUUCCACAUGGGGGGCAGCAGCAGCCACAGCAGACCUUCGGGGAGCAGCGUGGACAGCCUUUUACGUCUCCGCGGUCGUUUAUUGUUGGAUCACGAAGCUCUUUCCUGCCUCUUGGUGCUGCUUUUUGUCGACGAACCCAAACUCAACACCAGCCGCCUCCAUCGCGUUCUCCGAAACCUUUGCUACCACGCUCCCACCCGAGGUUGGGUGGUCCGCAGCCUCCUCUCCAUCCUCCAACGAAGCAGCGAGAGCGAGCUGUGCCUCGAAGCCCCUCGCGGACCCCCGAUAGCCGAAGAAAGACCUCGAAGAGCGAGCGGAAGAACCGGUAGCGCGACCGGUGCAACCGUCGAACCUCGGGGUUUAGAUUUAUUACAUCGCGUAGAAGCUCGAAGUUCCGGACAACUUUCUUGGCUUUCCGUUUCUAUGGAUGCGGCUUUGGGUUGUCGUACCAACAUUUUCCAGAUUCAACGAGUUCCGGGACGGAAACAUACGGAAAAACACGCCGCUGCCGCCGGUUCCGCCGUUCACAUCCAUCCCCAGGCCGCCCCUGUCGUCUGCCGGCACGUCCUCGAUACCCUCAUCCAGCUGGCCAAGGUCUUCCCCAGCCACUUCACCCAACAACGAGGCCGCGACCCGACGAACGAAGCAGAACGAGACCGCGGCCCCCCAAAAUCGGGGGGCAGCCCUUGUCCUCCCCAGCCCCCUCCUCAAACCCCUCCAGCUCCCCCUCCCCCACCCCCUCCUCCUCCUCCUCCUCCUCCUCCCCCUCCCCCUCCCCCAACCGGGAAUCUUCCUCCCUCCCUCCCCCCCACCUCAGGCAAUCUCUCGACCGAUUUUUGGGACCUUUUAGUAAAAUUGGAUAAUAUGAACGUCAGCCGGAAAGGGAAAAGUUCGGCUAAAACGGGAACGGGAAGCGGAGGACCGGAACCGGAAACAUCGGGAUUGGGUUUAGAAGCGUCACCUUUGGGUCAAUUGAUGAAUAUGUUAUCCCACGGCGUUAUCCGUCGGAGCGCGCUCCUGACGGAAAAGCUGCUCCGGCUCCUUUCCCUCAUAUCCAUCGCUUUACCCGAAGGAGGGAAAGGGGGUGAAGGGGGGACACCUCAAAAUGUCACCCCCGCCGCCACCGGCAGCAGUGGCAGCAGUGGCGGCGGUCCGGCGAGUCCGGCGACGCAAAGCGGGAAUGUCGGGAACGCAACGGUGGCGGGAGGCGGCGGCGGAGCGGCUGGUGCCAAGAGCGCCAAGUCCCCGGGGCCGAAGGGACCCGAGGCAGGGGGCGGCGGUGGCAGCGCCGACCCCCGGAUGGCGGCGACGGGCUUGACUGAGAGCCAGCUCCAACUCUCCGUCGAGGUGCUGACGUCGCACUCGUGCUCGGAAGAAGGGUUGGAGGACGCGGCCAACGUCCUCCUGCAGCUUUCGCGGGGGGACGCCGCCACCCGCGACACCGUCCUGCGCCUUUUGCUCAGCGGCGCCCGGCAGUUGGGGGCCACCCUCUGUCGACAGAUCGGGACCUUGCUGGCGGAAUUACGGGAAUACAACUUGGAACAGCAACGACGGGCGCAGAGCGAGGCUCCUUCUCCCGAAGGGCUCCCCGAGGAGCAGCCCCCCAGCGCCAAGCUCAAGGGGAAGAUGCAGAGUCGGUUUGACACGGCGGAGAGCGUGGUGAUCGUGGCCUCACAGAAGCGGGCGCUGGGCGGGCGGGAGCUGCAGCUCCCCUCCAUGUCGGUCCUCACCUCCAAGACCUCGACGCAGCGCUUCUUCCUCCGCGUCCUGCAGGUCAUCAUCCAGCUCCGCGACGACACCCGCCGCGCGCACAAGAAAGCCAAACAGGCCGGCCGCCUGGGUGCCGGGGGCCUCGGGGCGGCUGGCAGCAUCCAGGCAGCCGUCCGGCAGCUGGAGGCCGAGGCCGACGCCAUCAUACAAAUGGUACGUGAGGGCCAGAGGGCCCGGAGGCGGCAGCAGGCAGACACGUCGGAGGCCGGGCAGGCGGACGGCGCUCCCCGUCGCGACGAGUCGCCCAUGGAUGUGGACCAGCCCUCGCCCGCCCCGCAGGACGCCCCCUCCGUGGGCUCGGAGGGUUCGCAGGGGGGGGAGCGGGACGAACGCCCCCCCGAGCUGCCCCUGCUGAGUGAGCAGCUCUGCCUGGACGAGCUCUGGGACAUGCUGGGAGAGUGCCUGAAGGAGCUGGAGGAGUCCCACGACCAGCACGCCGUCCUCGUGCUACAGCCAGCGGUGGAGGCUUUUUUCCUGGUGCACGCCACGGAGCGGGAGAGCAAGCCGCCGGUGCGGGACACGCGGGAGAGCCAGCUGGCCCACAUCAAGGACGAGCCCCCCCCUUUGUCACCCGCCCCCCUCACCCCCGCCACCCCCUCUUCCCUUGACCCCUUCUUUUCCCGAGAACCUUCCUCCAUGCACAUCUCGGCCAGCCUGCCCCCCGACACCCAGAAAUUCCUACGCUUCGCCGAGACCCACCGGACGGUGCUGAACCAAAUCCUGCGUCAAUCCACCACCCACUUGGCCGACGGUCCCUUCGCCGUCCUGGUCGACUACAUCCGCGUCCUCGACUUCGACGUCAAGCGCAAGUAUUUCCGACAGGAACUAGAGCGGCUGGACGAGGGGUUGCGGAAGGAGGACAUGGCCGUCCACGUCCGUCGCGACCACGUCUUUGAGGAUUCCUACCGCGAGCUGCACCGCAAAUCCCCUGAGGAGAUGAAGAACCGCCUGUACAUCGUGUUCGAGGGCGAGGAGGGCCAGGACGCGGGGGGUCUCCUGCGGGAGUGGUACAUGAUCAUCUCGCGGGAGAUGUUCAACCCCAUGUACGCCCUGUUCCGUACCUCGCCGGGUGACAGGGUCACCUACACCAUCAACCCCUCCUCCCACUGCAACCCCAACCACCUCAGCUAUUUUAAGUUCGUGGGGCGCAUCGUGGCCAAGGCCGUCUACGACAACCGUCUCCUCGAGUGUUAUUUCACCCGUUCCUUCUAUAAGCACAUCCUGGGCAAGUCUGUCCGGUACACGGACAUGGAGAGCGAGGACUACCACUUCUACCAGGGCCUGGUGUACCUGCUGGAGAACGACGUCUCCACCCUGGGCUACGACCUCACCUUCAGCACCGAGGUGCAGGAGUUCGGGGUGUGCGAGGUGCGGGACCUGAAGCCCAACGGAGCCAACGUGCUGGUGACGGAGGAGAACAAGAAGGAGUACGUCCACCUCGUCUGCCAGAUGCGCAUGACCGGAGCCAUCCGGAAGCAACUAGCCGCCUUUUUGGAGGGUUUCUACGAGAUCAUCCCCAAACGCCUCAUCUCCAUUUUUACGGAGCAAGAGCUGGAGCUUCUCAUCUCGGGGCUGCCCACCAUCGACAUCGACGACCUCAAGGCCAACACCGAGUACCACAAAUACCAGGGCAACUCCAUCCAGAUCCAGUGGUUCUGGCGAGCGUUGAGAUCUUUCGACCAAGCGGACCGAGCCAAAUUCCUGCAGUUUGUGACGGGAACCUCCAAGGUGCCGCUGCAGGGUUUCGCCGCCCUGGAAGGAAUGAACGGCAUUCAGAAAUUCCAGAUUCACCGCGACGACCGGUCUACCGACCGACUGCCCUCCGCUCACACCUGCUUUAACCAGCUGGACCUGCCGGCGUACGAGAGCUACGAGAAGCUGCGGCACAUGUUGCUGCUCGCCAUCCAGGAGUGCUCCGAGGGCUUCGGGCUGGCGUAGCCGUGGCGGGGAGGGGCGGGGGGGGGGGCGGCGCGUGACGGUGACAAUGACGGCGGUGGGGGGGGGGAACCCCCAAAACCACACACACACACACCACCCCCCCCUCAACCCUUCCCUUCCCCUCCCCAGGGGGGCGGGCACGGCAGAGACGGCAAAGGAUCUCUAUAAAUAUAUAUAUAUA